AUGCAGGAAGAAAUCAGUAGUAGUAGCCUAGGGUGCACAUACUCGCUGAACCCGCUGCACGUAAAACUCAAUUCUAGAACCUUCCACCUUCCUCAGGGAGUCGAUUCAAGUUCGGCCGAGCCUAAUUACUUAAAGGACUACUCUUGGGUCCUGCAGGCUAUAGUACUCGUCUGCGGCUGGCCAGCGAUGUACUCUGGUGUGGGCGAUCCACAAUACAACUUCAUCGAUGCGCAGGGGUCCAGGCUACCAGGCCGCCAUGAUCAGGAUUUGGAUGCGGACCAUGCGGCGGAUUAUCGUUAUCACUACCUCCACGACCAGUCUGAGCAGGAGCCGCUCUGGCAACCAGCUGCCAGCAUCACUCAACGACCCAUCUGUACACAGUGGCUACGGUACCCCCCCGGAGAUCCUAGUUCUAGUGAAGGGCUAUUAGCAUCGUCUCCGGUUGAUACACUUCCUUACCCCAACAUCCUCGAUGCCCACGCAAGCUAUCGUGAUAGCUACGCUACCGUGACAGACACUGGCAAUGACUCAUCGAUGAUAUUUUCUAAUGCUCCGUCCCUUCAACUCACCCCCAUCGAUCCACACGUGGGCACCAUGUUUCCAGACCCCAACAUCGGUGCCCGCAUGAGCUAUUAUGACAACUACUCCGCUGGUGAAAACCCCCCAGCCGUUCGAGUCGAGUCGGCUCCAG